ACGAGUUAAGUUUGAUUUGAAUUUGUUCCAAUAGAUUUGCUGUUCAUUCAGUAUGAAUUAUUAUUUGUUAUUUUGGUUGAUGGCGCUUGCGCAGGGAAGCCCAUACGGAGCGCCGCAGAGCGCCUGUGCCACAAUGAUGCCCGGCCAUGGUUUCAAUCCGCAAAAUGGUACAUCUCCAUUCAUCGUCAUUCCCUUAACGAGUGACAUUAUGCAGAAUAGCUUCGUGCCAAUUGGACUCUCAUCUCUGUCCAGCGAUGAUUUCAAAGGUUUCCUCAUUAUGGCGUUUAGCAACAGUAGCAGACAACCGAUAGGCAAAUUUUCUAUUGAAGCGGAUGGCCAAUCGAUGAGCUGCUUCAACGGAACGGACAAUGCUGCCACUCAUUCGAUUAACAAUGACAAAUCAUGGGUUAUGCUAAACUGGAUGCCACCAUACAAUUUUGUGGGCUCAGUUCGCUUCAGGACUACCUUCGUCAAGAAUGCGUCCCAUUACUGGGUCGGCAUCGAGUCGGACCCCGUGGAGGUUAUUCCGUUAUUUAUACCAUCAUCAGCCGGCCAUUUCAGCCCUUCGCUGGGAUUGGCUCUGUUGAUUCUUAUAGUUGGUAUGUUUUGACUUUGAAAAUCGAUGCCGUCGCCGAAAUACGUCACAUAUAUUAUCUUAUGUAUUAUACAUAAUAUCUUACAUAAUGUUAUACAUGUAAACUAAACCUUAUCCCAUCAACUAAGCGGUUUUUGUAUAGUAUGACCCAUGGAUUUCGAUGAAACCUGCAAAUUUGG